AUGCCUCUCCCCAAAGUCCCCAGCAAGCUUCCCGAGGUAGUGCAGGCUGCUUUCGGCCGGGCCAGGUCCCAGGGAGACCUCACCUACUUCGAGACUCAAGUGACAAUUCUUGCCCCAAGCUCCAUACCCUUCCAAUUACGAUUUGCCCCAGCUUUAGCAAGUAAGCCGACUGCGCCCAAGUCCAAAACUGCCGCCACAACCCAAAAGCCAUUCGACCCUUUCGAGAGCCCAGAAAACGGUCCUCUUUACGUUGGUGAAAUCGCCCCGGCACAUAACCUAGUCCUCAACAAAUUCGCUAUUGUCCCUGAGCACUUCAUACUUGCCACCAAAGAUUUCAAGGAGCAGACUCAUCUACUCGAGGCCGAUGAUCUCGCCGCGACGUACGCCUGUAUCGAAGCGUACCGACAGUACGGUCUUGACACAAACACGGACGGUGAGUUGUUCGCCUUCUUCAACAGCGGGUCUCAUUCGGGAGCAAGCCAGCCCCACCGGCAUAUUCAAUUACUGCCAGUAGCUCAGAUGAAGGCUGGCCUGGAAGACAUCGGGGACUGGACUAUUUUGGCCGAUCGGCUUGACCAGAAAGAUACACCGUUCAAGACGUUUUCCAGCAACAUUGGGCAUGAGACCUCAAUGGAAAGCCUACAUGAGAUUUACUUGACGCUCUACCGUCGCGCUGUUGCGGCAGUGAAGGAGCGUGUGGGAGAAUUGGAUGAUACCCCCACGUCGGGUUCUGGAGAAGCUGAAAUCAGCUACAACAUGGCAUUAACGAAGACGCGACUGGUGGUCUGCCCCCGCCUGCGUGACGGUGUUACUAUUUUGACAGGGAACAGCCGGACAGAGGUGACUUUGAGUCUGAACGGGACAGUCCUCGCGGGAACAGCGCUCGUUAAAAGCGAAGCUGAGUGGGAUGCACUACGCGAGGAUAUUGACAUGGGUGCAUCCACCUUAGCGGCCAUUUUAUCGAGAAUCGGAAUCCCGACUGCCGACAGCAAGCCAGGUAGACUUUGA